AUGAUCGAUGGCAUUGAGAUUCGAGGCAAAAUUUUAGCUCAACAAUCCGAAUCAACAUUUGAAUCCUGCAUAUUAUCGUGUAGCAAUAAUAAAUUAAUCGGUGGAAAUCGUUUAAAAAAAUCGUGUCAAUCGGCGCAAUAUGAAAAACUGAAAAAACGAUGUACGCUCUUCGAUGAAACAAUUAGUCCAACUGGUAAAGCCCAAUACAAACCAAAUCUCAAUGUUGCUUACGUGCAAAAAAUUUGCUUGAGAAAAUCAUUAGCUGAUCAGUGUAGUGGUUCUUUACGCCGAGUACCACAAUAUAUACUUGUUGGUUUAGCAACUUCAAUUAUUGAUGUUACUAAAUAUGAACUUUGCCUCGAGAAAUGUUUACAAUCAUUGGAAUUAUUCGGCUUUGAAUGUCGAUCUGUGAUUUAUUUUCACGAAUAUUUAACAGCGAAUUGUAUCCUCAAUACGCAUUCAGCAAUUACUAAACCAUCUCAUUUUACCGCUGAAUUUGAGCUGAAAGUUGAUUAUAUUGAAAUGAAAAAUUGUAGUAGUGAGCUAAUCUAUAAUUUUUAUUUUAAUAUUUUAUAUAUUUUAUUUUAUUUAAAAUAUGAAAUAAUGGAUAAAUCCAGGAUAAAAUUAAGUUUCAUUGUACAUUCUUCGGACUUCGACGAAAUAUUUGCUGUAAUCGGUUAG